AUGGUGGACAUCAAUCCUAUGAACCCGACACCGGACGUCGAGAUUCAAAGACGAGAGUCGCGCGAGAGCUACAAGGAUCUAGAUCGAAAGAAUGACAGGCAUUUGGCAUCGCAAGAGCCACAGGUGGUGACAGUCGAAGAGCAGCGAGAUCUGAAGCGACAUCUUUCUCAAAGACACAUCUCCAUGAUCGCGCUGGCUGGAGCGCUAGGCACGGGCUUGUUCAUAGGGUUAGGAUCUUCCAUCCAGACCGGUGGACCACUAGGAGCUCUACUCGGAUACUCGACGAUCGGCCUAUUAGUCUGCGCCGUCCAGUUCGCGCUAGGAGAGACUGCAGCUCUAUUUCCGCUGACUGGAGGCUUUGUCAGACAUGCGGACCUCAUCACCGAUCCUGCUUUGGGUUUCGCUGUGGGCUGGAACCUCGUCUACGGCAAUCUGCUCGCCAUCCCUUCGGAAAUCACUGCUAUAUGCGUGCUCUUUCAGCUCUGGACGGAUGUAUCGCCAGCCGUCUUUAUCGUCAUCUUUAUCGUCCUCACCGUCGCUGUAGGCAUGGUCAACGUCAGAGUGUUCGGAGAGGUCGAGUUCGGCUUUGCAAUGCUCAAGGUGCGCUCAAGUGCUCUCAUCGUGGACAAGACAGUGUUGGCCGCGCUCAUCUUUGAAAUGCCGCUCUAUGUUGACAGAUACUUUUAGUCAUCUUUCUCAUCAUUUUUGGACUGGUCGUCAAUCUUGGUGGCGUACCAGGCACGGAGCGAAUCGGCUUCCGGUAUUGGAAGAAUCCGGGCCCUUUUGUGGAGUACGUGGCUGCAGGAGCCUGGGGACGUUUCCUGGGCUACUGGAGCUGCAUGGGAGCAGCGGUCUUUUCUUUCGCAGGUACGGAAUCCAUCGCGAUGGCAGCGGCCGAGACGCGCAAUCCGUCUCGAGCACUGCCUCGAGCCUGUAAGAGGGUAUUCGCUAGAGUCUUGCUCUUUUACGUCUUGGCUGUGCUCGUCGUUGGUAUGCUCACUGCUAGCAAUGAUGAAAGAUUGGGAAACGAUUCUGGAACGGCUGCUCAGAGUCCGUUCGUCAUUGCAGCUUCAGCAGCGGGCUAUCCUGCUGUUGGCUCAUUUGUCAACGCCAUCGUCAUCACUUCGGCGUGGUCUUCUUCAAAUCAAGCUCUUCUGGCAGGUACGAGGGUGCUGUACGGUCUAGCACUCAAAGGUCAAGCACCGAGAAUCUUUCUGCGGACAACAUCUUGGGGCACACCUUACGUCUGUGUAGCUCUAUUCGCAUCAUUCAUGUUCUUGGCCUUUUUGAGCCUCUCUUCUAGCGCUUUAACAGUCUUUUAUUGGUUGCUGGACCUUGUGGCUGCGGGAGUCUUGGUCUCUUGGAUCACCAUUCUGACCAAUCAUGUGCGUCUACGUCUUGCGCUCAAAAAGCAAGAUGUGGAUCGCACAGAGCUGCCGUGGUCAAACAGAUGGACUCGUGAGUAUGCUGCUGGCUUCUUCCGUGCUCUGAUUGAUCAGGCGAUUUCACCUCGGUCCUUCCUUCGCCUUGCGGCCCCCCCAUCCUCCGCCUUUUCACAGUGCACUCCUCCAUUGCUGGAUUGGUAUUUGCAGUCAUCGUGCUCUUGACAAACGGCUGGAAGGUCUUCACGAAGGGCCAUUGGUCACCUAGCGACUUUGUCUCGGCCUAUUUGUGAGUUUACCCGAACCUUUCCUUUUUUUUUCUUUUUGCGACCCUCCAUUCUGAGCUGCUCCCAUCCAACAUCUUGCUACGUAGAGACAUUCCUCUCGUACUCACCGCCUUUGCCCUGUGGAAAUUUUUGAAGCGCACCCGCCACGUAAAGCUAGAGGAGAUUCCGAUCCUCGAAGCGCUCAACGAGAUUCAAGAAUUCAACGGGGAUGACGAUGACGUGGCUAGAGGUUGGAAACGCGCCAUCAGCUGGUUGUGGGAGUGA